AGCAAAAAUAAAAAAAUGAUGCAGACCAGUAUUGAGGAGGUGCGUUUGGAAAAUUUAAAUCAAGAGCUGAAGAGUAUGGAGAAAAUGUUGCAGAAAGCCGACGAAUACAACGAUACUCUUUCUAAGCAUAUUAAUAAACUGAGAGCCAUUGUGAGCUCCAAUCAAAAAGUGUUUCAAAAAUAUAAGAUUAAUGAGGAGUGCAUGAAAGAAAUCUUAAAUGACGAUAAUCACAAGGAAAUACUUUAUGACCAGCUAAUUCAGAAGAUUGGAAGUAUAGAAAAUAAGCUUUUCGUUACCGUGAACUUGUUUAACGAGUAUAAACGUAGAGUCCAGGAUAAGAGUUGUGUGCGAGAUGACAUCGUGGAAUCGAAAUUGUGCAAUCAGCUCAAUGCGCUUGGUACAAAUCUAAUUUCAGUUGGCAAUCAAAUAACAGAACUACGCGAAGAGAAAAUGGCCAAGGACUGUGAGACAGCAAAUAAUCUACAUCAUGGGUCGUGCAGUGUGCCCAGCCAAGCAAAUAAUCUGUGCUGGACGCAGUGCAAUACCCAGGUGGAGAAUAAUGUGUUGCAAUUUACAGUUCUGCGAAGCAACAAAGAGACGCCCAUACGUCAAAUACGAUGUCAAAAGAAGAUAAUAGAAAGGGUUGAAACUAUUUUAAACAAAGCUCAACAUUCGAAUAUAAGAACUGAGACACUUACAAGUGUUAAACUCUUGGCGAAAAUGAGCUUAGGCAACGCCAGGCCUUUGGUCUCCGUGUACACGGAAAAAAAUGAGGCUGUCAAGGAGAAGAACAUCUGCUUGCCCGCGGUGUUCAAGGCACCCAUCCGUCCGGAUGUGGUGAACGAGGUGCACCAGCUGCUGCGCCGCAACAACCGUCAGCCCUACGCUGUCAGUGAGCUGGCCGGUCACCAGACAUCUGCUGAAUCUUGGGGUACUGGUCGCGCUGUUGCACGUAUUCCUCGUGUGCGUGGUGGUGGUACUCACCGUUCCGGCCAGGGUGCCUUCGGCAACAUGUGCCGUGGUGGACGCAUGUUUGCACCCACCAAAACCUUCCGUCGCUGGCACCGCAAGGUGAAUGUGAACCAGCGUCGCUAUGCGCUCGUUUCGGCCAUUGCCGCCUCCGGUGUGCCCGCCCUGGUGCAGUCCAAGGGACAUGUUAUCGAUGGCGUCUCCGAGUUCCCCUUGGUUGUGUCCGAUGAUGUGCAGAAGCUGCAAAAGACCAAGCAGGCUGUUGUCUUCUUGCGUCGCCUGAAGAUCUGGGCUGACAUCCAGAAGGUUUACAAGUCGCAGCGCUUCCGUGCUGGACGUGGCACAAUGCGCGACCGUCGUCGCAUUGCUCGUCGUGGCCCUCUUGUUGUCUACCACAAGGAUGAGGGUCUGCGUCAGGCUUUCCGCAACAUCCCUGGCAUUGAGACCAUCAGCGUUGACAAACUUAACUUGCUGAAACUCGCACCCGGCGGUCAUGUGGGUCGCUUCGUCAUCUGGACUGAGUCGGCAUUCUCGCGUCUGAACGAUUUGUUCGGCACCUGGAAGAAACCAUCCACCCUGAAGAAGGGCUACAAUCUGCCCCAGCCCAAGAUGGCCAACACUGACCUGUCGCGCAUCCUUAAGUCCGAGGAGAUCCGCAAGGUUCUGCGUGAUCCACGCAAGCGCGUCUACCGCAGCGUGCGUCGUCUUAACCCACUGUCCAACGUGCGUCAACUGAUCAAGUUGAACCCAUACGCUGAGGUCCUUAAGCGUCGUGCCGCUUUGGCCGCUGAGAAGCGUACUGUUGCCAAGGUUUUGGCCAAGGCCAAGAAACAGAAUGUCGAGCUGGCUAAGUCCCACUUUGCCAACGUCGCCACAAAGGCUGCCGCAAAUCGCGCUAAGCUGCUCGCCGCCCGCAAGAAGAAGGUCGCCGCUAAGAAGCCCGCGGCUAAGAAGUAAAUAUUUACUUUCCAACAUCAACAAAAUAGACCACACUCUUUUAUAAUAAUAAAUUACACAAACAAUGUAUGAAUUUUAUUCAUAAUUAUAUGGAGUGCGAAAGUAA